AUGGGGAAUAGAAAACGUCCCCAAACUUCUCGCACCAAACACCCUCCAUCACCGUCUGCGGCGGCGCCCAUGGCGGCGUCGGACGAACCCGACCACCAGCCGUCUCCUAACACUGUUUCUCCAGAAUCGGACGGUUUGACAAUCAAGCAAGAAUGCGAUCGCUCCUUAAAUGCGCUCCGUCGUGGAAACCACACGAAAGCCCUACGUAUCAUGAAGGAUUCAUGCGCUAAACACGGCGGCGACGCCUUAAUCCACCGUGUUCAUGGUACGGUGUGUGUUAAAGUUGCUUCGAUAAUCGAUGACCCUAGCACUAAGCAGCGGCAUUUAAAGAACGCAAUUGAAGCUGCUCGUAGAGCCGCGGAAUUGUCUCCGAAUUCGAUCGAAUUCGCUCAUUUUUAUGCGAAUUUGCUCUACGAGGCAGCGAAUGAUGGGAAAGAGUAUGAAGAGGUAAUGAAAGAGUGUGACCGUGCUCUGAAAAUUGAGAAUCCUAUUGAUCCUGCGAAGGAGAGUUUGCAGGAGGAGAGUCAACAGAAGAUAGCUACUGCGGAAGGGAGGAUUGCUCAUGUGCAGGGCGAGUUGAAAAAUUUGCAGCAGAAGUCGAACAUUGCUUCGAUUUCUACUUGGAUGAAGAAUUUGGGAACUGGUGAAGAGAUUAGGUUAAUACCUAUACGAAGAGCUGCUGAAGAUCCAAUGGAAAUUAGGUUGGUGCAGACUAGGCGCCCGAAUGAGAUUAAGAAAGCGACUAAGACACAGGAAGAGAGGAGGAAAGAGAUUGAAGUUAGGGUUGCUGCUGCCAGGUUGUUGCAGCAGCAGAAGUCAGAGAUGGGUUUGGGACAGAGUGAGGGAGAGAGGAGUGAUAAAGGAGUGGAGCUAAUGCCGGGGAGUGAUAGGAGAGGAGAUAGGAGGAAGUAUGGGAGUAAUGCGAGGAAGAAUGGGACUAACACUGAGAGAAAGGAUUGGGUUCGGUCCUAUUGGAAUUCGAUGAACUUGGAAAUGAAGAGGGAGUUGUUGAAAAUUAAGGUCAGUAAUUUGAAGAGUUAUUUUGGGUCAUCCAAGGAUGGAUUGGCGAGUGACAUUUUGAAUGAGGCUUUGUCUUAUGGCGAGGAGAAUAAGAGCUGGAGGUUUUGGGUCUGUUGUCGAUGCAAUGAAAAGUUUGUGGAUGGAGAUAGUCAUAUGCAUCAUGUCGUGCAAGAGCACAUGGGGAGUCUUAUGCCGAAGAUGCAGGAAGUUUUGCCUCAGGGUACUGACAAUGAGUGGAUUGAGAUGAUUCUUAAUUGCUCCUGGAAACCAUUGGACAUUUCCUCUGCGGUUAAGAUGCUUCGGAAUCAAGGGAAAUGCCAGAAUGGAGAACUUGCUGAGGAUUUUUGCUCAGAGAACCAUAAUGAGGGCAAUGACGAUUGUUUCAAAGAUGCAUGGGAUUCUUCUCCAGAGAAGGAAACUUUGAGUGAUGGUUAUAACAGUUGUCCUGUGAGCGGCAACAACUCUGAUAAAGUUAACAACAUUGAAGGUAAAGAAUAUGAUGGGAACCAAUCGUCUAUUGCAUGCACUAUUGAUAGCUGGCCAAUAUCAGAGGAUUCCGAGCGAGCUAAGCUCCUUGAAAAAAUUCAUGAUGCAUUUGAGGCACUUAUUAGACAUAAAUAUCUUGCUGCAAGUCAUCUUAACAAGGUGAUACAAUUUACAAUGGAUGAGCUACAGAGUCUUGCUUCUGGUUCUCAGCUUCUGAACCAUGGUGUGGGCCAGACACCCAUGUGCAUUUGCUUUCUGGGAGCAUCCCAACUCAAAAAGAUACUCAAAUUCUUACAGGAACUAUCUCAUUCUUGUGGUUUGGGCAGGUCUCCCGAGAAAAGUAGUGUUGUAGAUGACUCGAAUUCUGGUGCUAAAGGUCCUGAAAUUAAAGAGAAGAUUGUUCUUAAUGGUGACGCAUCUUGUCUCUACUUGGAUGAACGUUUAUUGCCAUUGGAAUAUGCUCCCAGCACAUGUCCUGAUGAUGAUGCCACCACAGCAACAUCGGCUAUUGUUGGCUAUGGAAACGGGGUUCUACCUGAUGUUGAUGCUUUGCUAUCAUGGAUAUUUGCAGGCCUUUCUAGUGGAGAGCAAUUACAAUCAUGGAUCCGUACGAAAGAAGAGAAAAUGCAUCAAGGGAUGGAAAUUCUCCAGACACUUGAGAAAGAGUUUUACCAUCUGCAGAGCCUUUGUGAGAGGAAAUGUGAACAUUUAAGCUAUGAGCAAGCAUUGCAGGCUGUGGAGGAUCUCUGUCUUGAAGAAGGUAAGAAGAGGGAGACUGAUACGCUGGUUGAACAUAAAAGCUAUGAUUCUGUUCUUAGGCAGCGGAAGGAGCAGCUUGUUGAGAACGAGCAUGAUGCUCUGUUCAUUAGCAGUAGAUUUGAGUUAGAUGCUAUAUCAAAUGUGUUAAAAGAAGCAGAUACUCUGAAUGUCAAUCAAUUUGGAUACGAGGAUACUUAUGGUGGUAUAACUUCUCAGUUUUGUGACUUGGAAUCUGGUGAAGAUGGUAAUUGGAGAACCAAAGACCACAUGCAUCAAGUGGAAACUUGCAUAGAAAUUGCUAUUCAGCGACAAAAAGAACAGUUGUCAAUAGAGCUCAGCAAAAUUGAUGCCCGAAUCAUGCGGAAUGUUACUGGAAUGCAGCAGUUGGAACUCAAGCUCGAGUCGGUUUCUGCCCUUGAUUAUCGAUCAAUCUUGCUGCCUCUAGUGAAGUCAUACAUGAGGGCACACUUGGAGGAUCUAGCUGAGAAGGAUGCCACAGAGAAGUCUGAUGCUGCAAGAGAAGCAUUUUUGGCGGAGCUUGCCCUUGAUUCUAAUAAGGGUACCCAAGGACGAAGUGAUAAUUCAAGAAAUACACUGGAGAAGGGGAAGGAUAAGAGAAAGAACAAAGAGUACAAGAAAACCAAGGACUCAAAGGUUGCCGCUGCUAGCGAGCAGCAAUUGCUCCAAGAUGUGACUAAUGGGAGGGGUUCUUUUCCAGUUGCAUUUGAUGGCGACUAUCCAGAUUCUCAGUCUCUUCUUUCUGUUAGCGGUGAUGACUUGAAACAACAGGAGGAUGAUUUUAGACGGAAAUUUGAGAUUGAAGAGGAGGAAAGAAUGCUCGAAGAAUCUUUGGAGUAUCAAAGACGUAUAGAGAAUGAAGCCAAACAGAAGCAUCUUGCAGAGCAACAGCACAAGAAAUCUAAUGCAAGUUUUCCACAGAAGUUGUCUGGGGGACUACAUGAUAUUUGCUUUGAUCCUGGUGCAGAUGAUUCCCAUGAGCCAUUGGAACAGUCGAUGCAGAAGAGUGGGUUGUCCAACAAUUUAGAAGGCAUGCCUGUGACAAUUGCCAGUGAGCCAUGUACUGGAGGAAUUGCAGAGGGUGGUCCCUCUGAUCGACGGUCAGGAAGGAGAAAUAGGCGGCAGAAGAGUUCCACUAGAUCUUCUGAUGGAAGAAAUCAACCCAUGUCAUCAGAAACAGAAAAUAUUGAAGUUGGAAGCAUUACUUUAAAUUUGGGAGACAGUGCAACUAAGACACUGAGACAGUUACAAGUAGAGGAGGAUGAUGAGGAAAGGUUUCAAGCUGAUCUUGAAAAAGCCGUGCGCCAAAGCCUUGAUUUAGAAAAUUAUGUGUGGCGUUAUUUGAAGUGGCCACUAUGA